AUGAGGUUUAUCAUCUUUGCCGCCGGCCUUCUGUCGGGAUGUGCCGUCAUCGCGUCGCCUGUACCAGAUCCCGUGGCUGAGCCUUUGCCAAUGCCCAGUCCUUCCGGCAUCCCCAGCGCCGCCACAGCCAAGACGCAGCUAGCGGGCUUGACAGUGGCAGCGUCGGUGAGUGGCGACGACUACGACCGGGACUUGUUCCCGACGUGGAUCACCAUCUCGGGGACAUGCGAUACGCGCGAGUAUGUGCUCAAGCGGGACGCCACCUCGAUCACGGUGGAUAGCGCCUGCAAGGCGACUGCGGGCAAGUGGACAUCUCCGUACGACGGGGCAAGCUGGACGGCGGCGUCGGAUCUCGACAUUGACCAUAUGGUUCCGUUGAAAAACGCAUGGAUCUCCGGAGCCAACGCAUGGACGACGGCCAAGCGUCAACAGUACGCAAACGACGUGGUGCGCCCGCAGCUGUGGGCCGUGACCGACAACGUCAACGAAUCCAAGAGCGACAAGAGCCCGGACCAAUGGAAGCCGCCCUUGUCGAGCUUCUACUGCGUCUACGCGCGCGCUUGGGUCCAGGUCAAGUCGUACUGGGAGCUCACCAUCACCAGCGCCGAGAAGACGGCGCUGACGAGCAUGUUGGGUACUUGCUAG